GGAAGUUGAGUACAGUUAGAGUGAAACAAUAGGCGAUCCGUAACUUACGUUGUUGUUGAACGGAGCACGAUCCCAACAUCUCUCUCAUACACUAUAACUACCUAUUUCCUCCAAAUGGUUUUCUUCUUCAGUUUCAAUCACACCCUCUUUCAGGUUGUAGCUGCUGACUCAUUGGAUGAAGAAUUCUUGAUCAAAUAACUCGUCAUAAUUGAAUUCAAAUGAAGACAGGCUCCAUGAUUUUUUCAUUGUUGCAUGUACCUAGAUUUAGAAUACAAAGCUUAGCUAAUUGCUGGGGUGAAACCUUCCACAGUUUCAGUACAACUUGUGGAAACAAUUAUAACGUCAGGCUGCUUGGUUCUAGAAUUUAUGGUCUUCAGGGAGGACAGAGAAAGAAGUGGACAAGACCUAUAACUACAAAUAUAGAAGGCAAGGGAAGCACCAAAUCAAAAAGUAUCAAGCAUGAGAUUUUGAGUGAAACCAUUUUAGCAAAUGCUACAGUAAAUGUAAAUAAAAGACAGCUAGAUAAAUCCCAAGAAAUUCAGUAUUGUGACAUACAACAAGAGAUUGCUGAGAAUAAAGACUUGUCGAGCUAUACUGUUAUUGUUUUUGAUAUCGAGACCACAGGGUUUAGCAGAGAGAAUGAAAGAAUCAUUGAAAUUGCACUUCGAGAUCUUCAGGGUGGCGAGAACAGCACUUUUCAGACUCUUGUAAACCCUCAAUGCAAAGUUCCUAAUUCACAUAUUCAUGGCAUUACUACUCAUAUGGUCAACAAACCUGGUGUUCCAAGGAUGGAGGACCUAAUUCCCAUUUUAUUGCAAUACGUUCGAAGUCGUGAGAAGCCUGGGGGAGAUGUUAUAUUUGUAGCUCAUAAUGCUCGCUGUUUUGACGUGCCCUUCAUCAUUAAUGAGUUACGACGUUAUUCUGUAGAGAUUCCUCCUAAUUGGUUGUUUUUGGACACCCUUCCUUUAGCCCGUGAACUAAUCAAGUCCGGAGGAACAACACUUUCUUCAACAUCCCUAGCUGCCCUUCGUGACCUCUACGGAAUUAAAGUGGAUGGAUCAGCUCACAGGGCUAUGGUAGAUGUGAACGCAUUGUCCUUGAUUCUUUCCAGGUUGACCUCUGAUCUGAAGUUGACCCUAUCUGACCUUGUCAAAAAAUCAUUCACAGAAUCAGAUAUUAUCAACUCUAAGAAUAAAAAGAAGAACUAGACUAGUUUUCUGACUGUAUUUUGCAUUGAUGUUGUGACAAAAGAAUUAUUUUGUAACGAAAAUUUGAACUCUAAAUUUUUAGUUGAAGUAGAAAAGAAACGGGUUGUUCUCAAUAAAAUCUUACAAUUAUGUAAUAUGUACCAAGUUCUGAGCUUUUACUUCAGUGUGAGAAUUUCUGAUUUGGUUU